UCAACGAAACGAAACAAAACAAACGUGAAUGAAAAUUAAAAGCUUUGGUAAAAAGUUGUACAUACUUUUAUGUAAUUAAAACUAUUUUUUCUAUUGAGAUGACUGAAAAACAUGUUGGUUUUCUGUUCAAUGCAGCGUCCUGCCUGUUUUCAACUGAAAAUAAAAACGUUAAGAACAUAUUGAGAAGUUAUUACCUGAUGAGAUGUGAUGAAAUAUCUAAGACAGGUGUUCUUCCAAACAGAUAUUUUUCACCUAAACUUAGAUGUCCACAUUGUUGCAUUGAAUGGGACAAUAGUUUAUUAAAGAUUAAAUCAAGAAAACUCAGCAAACAACAGCGGCGACGGUUGCGACUUAAAGCAGUCAAGAAAAAGGAUCCCAAUUUACUCAAGGAGUUAUCUUAUAAGAAAGAAUUGGAGCAUACAUGUUCAUUUUGUAAACACACCACUAGUAUACCAGUAGCAAAAUUGGACAGAGAAAAAGAUCCACAAAAAAUUUCUGUAGGUACAACAAAUGGAAUUGAAGAAAAAAAGAAAAAGAAAAUAGAUAAUGUUGUUUUAAAUAAUCCAAAGAAAAACAGUCAACAAAUCAAUGUAUAUGCUAAUUCUAAGGACAUAUUUUCCUUGAAAAAUAAUGAAAAUACUUUGAAGACUGUUAAAGAACAGCCUAAAGUAAUAAAAAAUAAUAAAAAGAAAAAGGAUAAGUUUGCUGGACUUUGUCAGAAGGCUGUGCUUGCUACAGCUAAGUUAAAAGAAGAACAGAAGAAACAGAACAAACUUAAUUUAUUCUUAAAACCAUCUACAUAAAUAGGUAAUGAAAUAACAGAUUUGUUGUAUGAAAUAUAUUUUUUUUGUAAAGUA